CCCAAAAUUUCUCUCAGCCCGUCCCCCGAGUCCUUUGUUCUUUUUUUUUUCGUUUUCUUUUCGUCUUUGAUUUGCUGGAUUUGGUGCUGGGCCUGGAGGCUAGACAGAUCCGCAGUGGGUUAGUGCGCUGGUUUCUUGCUGAAGUUAGGAGGUUGUGAUCAUCUAAAAAAGUUAGGAGGUUGUGGUGGGUUGACCCAGGUCAAAUCCUGAAGCCAGGAGGCCCAGGAGGUUGCUGGAGUAGUCAAACUGCAUGCUGUGAGAACGUUUGGUUCGAAGCGACCGUCGGCUCGCUGCCAUGGCGGGAGAUUGAACGGUGGUUGGGUUCGGAGGAGCCAUGGAUCCAAUCAUCCAAAUGGCGGCGAAAAGAAUUGGGCAGCAAGCCAACUCUUGCCACUCGUAAUGUCCUAAUCGACAAGAACCACCAAAAUACUAUCGAUUGCCAACGCUACCAGCUCCAUCCCAUCAGAUUCCCGGCCGCUGAGUUCCGAAGCUCUGAACCAUGGAUGAUGGCGGGCUGGGCAAACCAUUGCUUGGACCAGAGAAUUUCAGCACCCAAGACAUUGAUCUGGGGAACCUGCCCCUGGAAGACGUUUUCGAGCUGUUGAGCACGUCUCGCGGUGGACUCUCUUCAUCGGAUGCUGCAGAACGGCUGCAGCUGUUCGGCCCAAACCGUUUGGAGGAGAAGCGCGAGAACAAGGUUCUGAAGUUCAUGAGCUUCAUGUGGAACCCUCUGUCCUGGGUGAUGGAGGCAGCAGCCGUGAUGGCAUUGGUCUUAGCAAAUGGUGGUAGUCAGGGACCUGACUGGGAAGACUUCGUGGGAAUCGUCUGCCUUCUGAUCAUCAACUCGACGAUCAGCUUCAUCGAGGAGAACAAUGCCGGCAACGCUGCGGCUUCCCUCAUGUCCCGCUUGGCGCCCAAGACAAAGGUUCUUAGAGACGGGCAAUGGCAGGAGCUGGACGCCUCCAUAUUGGUGCCCGGGGACAUCAUCAGCAUCAAGCUUGGCGACAUUGUACCGGCAGAUGCCCGGCUACUCGAGGGAGAUCCCCUCAAAAUUGAUCAGUCGGCUCUCACAGGAGAAUCCCUUCCGGUGACCAAACGGACCGGCGACCUGGUAUUCACUGGUUCGACGUGCAAGCAUGGUGAGAUCGAAGCCAUUGUCAUUGCGACCGGAAUCCGAUCCUUCUUCGGUAAGGCAGCUCAUUUGGUAGACUCCACGGAGGUUGUUGGCCAUUUCCAAAAGGUUCUUACAUGCAUAGGCAACUUCUGCGUCUGCUCAAUCGCUGUGGGGGUGAUCGUUGAGGUGAUCAUCAUGUUUGCAAUCCAGCACCGGCCAUACCGGGAAGGGAUCAACAAUGUGCUUGUUCUUCUGAUCGGAGGCAUACCGAUCGCGAUGCCGACUGUUUUGUCCGUCACGCUUGCAGUGGGUUCUCACCACCUAUCUCAACAGGGUGCUAUCACCAAAAGGAUGACAGCCAUUGAGGAAAUGGCAGGAAUGGAUGUUCUCUGCUGUGACAAAACUGGAACUCUUACUCUCAACCAUCUCACUGUUGACAAAAACCUUAUCGAGGUUUUCAGCGGAGGAAUGGACAGGGACAUGAUCAUCCUGCUGGCUGCAAGAGCAUCAAGAGUGGAAAACCAAGAUGCAAUCGACAUGGCCAUCAUAAAUAUGCUUCCUGAUCUGAAAGAGGCUCGCGCCAACAUCACCGAAGUUCACUUCCACCCGUUCAAUCCGGUCGACAAGAGGACAGCUAUCACAUACAUUGAUUCUGAUGGCAAUUGGUUCCGGGUCAGCAAAGGUGCUCCUGAGCAGAUCCUCAACCUUUGCUACAACAAGGACGAUAUCACCGAGAAGGUGCAGCUAGUAGUCGACGGAUUCGCCGAGAGGGGCCUCCGGUCACUAGCAGUUGCUUACCAGGAGGUCCCGGAGAAAUCAAGGCACGGCCAUGGCGGGCCGUGGGUCUUCUGCGGCUUGCUUCCGCUGUUUGAUCCGCCGCGGCACGACAGCGCCGACACCAUCCGCAAGGCCCUGGAUCUCGGCGUCUGCGUGAAGAUGAUCACCGGGGAUCACCUGGCGAUCGCCAAGGAGACCGGCCGGCGCCUCGGGAUGGGGACCAACAUGUACCCGUCGGCGGCGCUCUUCGGCCGCCGCGACGAGGCGGUUCCGGUGGAGGAGCUGGUGGAGAGCGCCGACGGGUUCGCGGGCGUGUUCCCGGAGCACAAGUACGAGAUCGUGCGGAUCCUGCAGUCGGAGCGCCGCCACGUGUGUGGGAUGACGGGCGACGGCGUGAACGACGCGCCGGCGCUGAAGAAGGCCGACAUCGGCAUCGCGGUCUCCGACGCCACGGACGCCGCCAGGGGCGCCGCCGACAUCGUGCUCACGGAGCCAGGCCUCGGCGUCAUCGUCUGCGCCGUGCUCACCAGCCGCGCCAUCUUCCAGCGCAUGAAGAAUUACACGAUUUACGCCGUGUCCAUCACUAUACGAAUAGUGCUUGGGUUUGUUCUUCUGGCGUCAAUAUGGGAGUACGACUUCCCUCCGUUCAUGGUUCUGAUCAUAGCCAUUCUCAACGAUGGGACGAUCAUGGCGAUAUCCAAGGAUCGCGUGAAGCCGUCGCGGAGCCCGGACAGCUGGAAGCUGAAGGAGAUAUUCGCCACCGGGGUUGUCAUCGGAACCUACCUCGCGCUGGUCACGGUGCUCUUCUACUGGGCAGUUACAGAAACAACUUUCUUCGAGUCGCAUUUCAACGUGAGGUCUCUGAAGCGGGACACGGCGGAGGAGGAGGUCUCGUCGGCGGUGUACCUGCAGGUGAGCAUCACGAGCCAGGCGCUGAUAUUCGUCACCCGCAGCCGGGGAAUCUCCUUCCUCGACCGGCCCGGCGCGCUGCUCCUCUGCGCCUUCGUCGCGGCGCAGCUGGUGGCUACCCUCGUGGCCGUGUACGCCACCGUCGCCUUCGCGUCCAUCGCCGCCGUCGGGUGGCGCUGGGCCGGCGUCGUGUGGCUCUACAGCCUGGUCUCCUACGCCCCGCUCGAUCUCAUCAAGGUCGCCGUCCGCUACGCCCUCAGCGGCGACGCCUGGAACCUGCUGUUCCACAGGAAGGCUGCGUUUGCGGGGAGGAGGGAUUACGGCCACGGCGAGGAGGAGCGGGAGGCGAGGCGGGCCUUCUCCCGGAGGGCGUUCUCCGACCAUCUGCUGAGCAGCGGGAUGCCGCCGUCCUCCCUCGUCGCGGAGCAGGCAAAGCGGCGCGCCGAGAUCGCCAGGCUGGGAGAGACGCACGCGCUGAGGGCGCACGUCGAAUCCGUGAUGAAGCUGAAGCGCGUGGGUUCUCACGUCGUCAGGUCGGCGCAGUCCGUUUGAAGAUUGAAGGUCUCAUCUGCUUGAGUUCGGAGGAAGAAACAGCGGCUGCUCCUGCAACUCUGUUGCUGCUUCCACCUCAUUGUUUUUGUAUGAAUUGAAUGUAUCAAAAAUAAGGGGGUUUGGUAGAACAGGUUAGAUCGCAUACCCAAUGUUCUGAUGCAUCAUAUUAUUCUCGGCCAAUUCAGACAGCACCGAUGAUACCACCAUUUAUUUAUCACUCGUAAUCGGAGCAUCUGGAGACAAUUUAAUGGAAGAAGGUAACAGGAAUACAGCAUGUCACAACUGCGAGCUGAGAUGGUUGUACUGAGUUGUAGACAUGAUAAAAUCAUACAAGACCAAUCCUUGGUUAUGUCAAAGCGAAAGCUGUGA